AUGGGCGAUUGGUGUUUCUUCCAGAGGCAUGAGAGAUCACGUACGGAAUUCCAGGCUCAAUAUAACACUGGAACUCGACCCUUUGUCUGCGAGACGUGCUCAAGAGGUUUCACCAGAAAUGAUAGUCUAACGCGCCAUAUGAGGCGCCAUGAACGCCCUGCGCAAGGAUACAACACCGACAGCGAACGUCGUCUCGACCUCACCCUAGAGGCAGCCAACGCCGAUGCUUCCUCAUUGCCACCCUCGACAGAUGAGCUUGCCCCAUCGAUAUCAACGUAUACACCAAUGGCAGAUAUACAUAAUGAAUCGCUACUUGAUCCUGCUGAGACAAUGUCCCUCAAUUGGCCGGACUCUGCGGACCUACUCACAUCGAUUCUGGCUGCCGACUUCACCAAUCUUCCUGCUCUUGAGGCCCUGCCAUCUCAAGCUGUUGCACCAACUGAAUCAGAGCACACUCCAUUGUCGCCCUGGCUUACAGCUGAUGGGGACAAACAGCAUAGAGGCACCCGUGCUGUGAAGAAUCUGACAGAAAUGAUCACUUCCUUGUCGGCAGAUGUCACGUCCGAGGCGCAAACUACAGGUUUCACAACCGUAUUCCUCGAUGGAUGUCUCCAUAUGUUCUUCAAACAAUUCCUCCCAUCUUUCCCCGUUGUGCACGCAGCUACAUUCGUCUUCAAAGAUUGGACUCAUCCCCUUUUGCUCAAUGCCAUUGCGCUUGGGUCGCUAUUUAUGGGCAAAAGAGAUUAUUUGCUCAAGGGCGAGAUUCUAUGGCGAUUAGCACAUACUGCUGUUGCAACCUCGUGGCAUACUCUCAUCAAGCACCGAAGUCCUUAUGAUACAUGUUCCGGUAUACAACUCGUGCUCACGGCGCUUCUCGGACAGAUAUACGCAAUGCUAUCUGAGAACAUCACCCUUCGAACCACCGCACAAGUCUUCCAUAGUCUUGGAUUCUUCUGGGCACGCUGGUCAGGUAUGUAUGAACUGGAAGAUCAAGAAGAGAUCAUGCCUUUCGAUUUUUUGGACAGUCACGAUGUCCUUGAACGCAAAUGGAGAGUUUGGGCUGCAAGAGAGACGCAGCUACGAGCACUACUGGGACAUUAUGUGCUUGACGGCCAAAUCUCGACAUACAGUGGUGGCCCUACAUGUCAACGCCAUACUUCUCAUUCAUUGCCCAUGCCAGCAGAAGCCGAUAUUUUCGAAGCUACAGAUGCCGAGACUUGGCGAGACAAAAUGAUUGCGAGAUGUCCAAGAAGACAGGAGUUUUCGCAGCUGUUCAGUUCGGCCAUGUCUGAGAAUGUCCAUGUGCGACAUUUGGGCUCUUCCCUGGCUUUUCUGACUGCCUCUGUAACGCUUGAGGGAUUCAAGUCACUCAUGGCGGAGAGCCCGGUGUCUGGGAUGAACGUGAUUGGCGUUCCUUCGAGACUGGACAUAUCAAGAGGUCUGGCUAGAUUCUACUUGUUUGCUGACCAAAGUUUGUCCAUGUCGGAGAUGAACAAGAGGGUGAUACUUCUCCGAUGGCAUACGAUUGGUCUUGAUUCUGCCAUUGAUUUCAAUUGGUUUUGUCGUAAGCUUUGCCAACAGUACAAUGUUGAACAGCGCGUCGUUGGUGGCCGGAAGAAACCAAUGCUUGACUUUGAGUCUUGGUUUCGAGGUCCCAAAGCACGCAUGGGGCUUCUUCAUGCUAUGAGUAUUCGAGAAAUCAUCCAAGAAAUUCCGGCCAGUCACGCGCACACGAUCAAUGCUCCGAUGGCGGUGUUUUCAGCUGGUAUACUGUACUGUGGCUUUCUACUGGCCGGUAUCUCUACCAUUCUAAGGCCUGACCAAUGCAACUGGGACAGCGUACUGCUUCUGAACAUUGACACAGUAUCAGAGAGCAUUGAGCACGAUUCCGACACGCAGGUACGACAGUAUCUAACCGGCACCUUGAGCGGUGGCCAAAGACAGGAGAAUCUGCUCUAUGAAGUCAAUGUGUUUUUGACGUUCCUCGAGAGUCUCGGAAGGGUAUGGGGUGUGUCUACGCAUAUGCACAAGGUCUUGGAACAACUUCUCUCAACCUGCGGCCUUGGUUAA